CUUGAGCAUGCAAUUUUUAAUAUCACGUAUGGACAUGCUUCAUUAGAACAUUGCAUUUGUCUUACGAACGUCGUUCAGAGCAGAUCGAUCAGAGUAUUGAUCCUAGAAACUGUGUGAAACAGGGAAACCCCAUCGAGAAAUGAGAACGACAAGGCAAACGGGAAAAGCACCUAGCGACCAUGGACGUAUUACGGCGAGAAAGAGGCAAGUUCGUGCGGAAAAACAAUCGAAUCAAAAGGAAAACAAACCGCCAUCUUUGGACAACAUCCUCGAAGCACGGAGGCAAAUACCUAGCGCUCCAUUAACUGUAGUAAGCGAGAGGAACGACAAGAAGGCUGCACAUCCUCUCGACCAGGUAACGGUUACGGGUAAUGUACGAACUGGACAGGCCCGGGAAGAGGUUACCGGAGACGCAUAUGGGGACGACUUACUGCAGAGCUAUGGGUCUCUCGAAUCCCUGGCGGUACUGGAUGGUUGUCUGGAUGUAUUUUUAUGUGCAAAGGAGGUAAGGCAAGCUACUCACCCACCCGAUGAGUCAACCGCGCACCAGCCCUCGGCGGAAGCUGGCAGCAGACCACAGAUGGAAGAUUUACUCCCGCACUCUGCACAGGGCUCCUCCCUUGAUGAUUGUUUGGAGGAGUUGGAGUACGAAGAAGUGGCCUGCUACGAGGCGCAAGCAAACAGCAGUACUGCCUCCAAAAGCUGCGCAGUGCCCAGUUUAGUAGCCGAGAUCCUGGAACGUGCCGAGGAUGACACGAAAAGCAGUUCGGAAGCAUCGAGCAUUUCCUGCCACAAUUCGCCAGCGAUAGGUGCCAUCUUCAAACGCAGCAAAUUAUCCCCCCACGAGCUCCAACCUAAACCGGCCAGUUGCCAUGGCAACUUAAAGCUUCACCGCUUUAUGAUGUGCGAAUGGUUCUACAGCCACAUCGAUGCGGCACUGUUCGCGGAGGAGCACAGCAGAAGCGUGGAUUUUGGCACACUGCUAAGGCAGCACUAUCCGGCACUGCACCGCUGUUCACUGCAGCGUCCGCAAUGGAACCACAUUCGCAAAGAGUUCGGAAAGGUGGCGCGAGUUCGUCGCCUGUCGCCCGCUUUUCUACUGCAGGAACGCAUCACGCUGGAACGGCGCCGCGAGAAGGUGCGCUUUCUGAUGGAAAAUCCAAUGAUUGAAUACCUGGACGACGACAUACCGUCGAUCAUUCCGAGCCGGAUCGAGGUGGGCAGCAAGGUGCGGGCGGCACUGCUCUCUCCGAACUACGGCUGCUUUCCGGGAGUAGUAAUCGGCAUAGAAAAUCAAGACAUUCCCAUGUUUCGUGUGCGGUUUACAAUCGAUGGCAAUGAUCACGAGCAACUGCUGCCCGACUAUCGCGUUGCUCUUGACCAGUCGCCACCCAGUCCGGAGCAGUCGGAUGUGCUAUCGGUGUCGGCAAAACACCUCAGGCAGGUAGCCGCACUGAACGAUUGUGUGGACGAAAAGCGGCGCUUACUGUACGAGUUGGAAAACAUUCGACUCAACACCGAAGCACGCCGUGCGAUGGGACGGCUCAAUGCGGAACGGGACCAGCAGCAGGGCCAGCGCUACGAGCAGAUCCUCCGGAAGCUACUCGACCUCAAUCGUACGCUACUGCAGCUGUCGAAAAACGUUGCGACCGAAUACGAGCAGAACAUGUCCGAACCGCUGACGACGAGCGAAACUUCAAUCGUGGAGGCGUAUGUCGUUGAGGUGGUGAACCAACUGAUCGAAGACUGUAGCAAGUUGGAUCAGUUUCACAAGAACCCCGAGGCAGACCGGUUAUGGAAGGAAGCGUUGGAGCGCUUAGGCAAUAAUCCGGAAUAUUUGAAGCAGUUCGGACAUUACCUUGCUUCCCGCAUCGGCCACAAGUUUGAUCCGCAGGCGUAUCGAAAGCAGUGAUAGUAUUGUUGUUUUAGACAUAAAUUUUAAACCUCCACUUGUCUUCAUCUUUCGAGCAAUGUUCUAGCAGUUUUUAUUAAUAUGUAUCACUUAUCUAGUAGACAAAAUUCGUUAAACCCUUAAGCCCACCGAAAGGAGGAGAGAAUUUGAGUAGAGGGAAGAAAGUAGCAUAGAAAAACGGCAAACAAAGCGAAACAUUACGAGGUAUCAAUGGGGCGGAAGGAGUAGACACACACACACAGCAAUGUUCCUUGCCCAUUACGAUGAAUUCAGUCCAACGGCUCUCGAUUGCAUGCACUCGUCGUCGUCGUCGAUGCCAAGACAAUUUUGAGCAAAAUAAAUUUGAUCACCUUCUCCCGGAUGAAGUGGAGAGCGAAAACAUAAUAUAAUCAUUGUGCAAUAAACCAACCUUUACACUAUAAUAGUCUACUAAUCAAGAAAAUGAUCUCACCAUUAAACCCUUAUCUCGCUCUCCUUCUCUCUCUCUUUGUUUGCGAUAUGCCAAAUGCAAGCACUGUGUCUUGGGCAAGAAGUUUAUGCUGCAAAAGGACUCAUUUCACGGUGUGGCGAUGGUGGCCAUCGCGAAGGGAAAAUCACAAAACACAGACAAGUU